AUGCUCCCACUAUCACUCCUCAACACGGCGCAGGGCCACCCGAUGCUCGUCGAGCUCAAGAACGGCGAGACGCUGAACGGCCAUCUCGUCAACUGCGACACGUGGAUGAACUUGACGCUGAAGGAGGUGGUGCAGACUAGUCCUGAAGGUGACAAGUUCUUCCGCCUAGCAGAGUGCUAUGUUCGUGGCAAUAACAUCAAAUACCUCCGCGUCCCCGACGAGAUAAUCGACCUCGUCAAAGAAACACAAGCGCAGAACACGCGCGACAACCACGGGCCGCGCGGCGGCGGCGGUGCCGGCGGACAGGCGGGUGGCCGCGGCGGGCACCAGUCGAGGGGGGGCUAUCGCGGUGGACGGGGCGGUGCGAGGGGUGGGAGGGGCGGACGGGGUGGGGGGCAGCAGUAG